AUGGUCUCCAUUUUCCAAGAGCGAGUGUGGGAGUCUCUGAUUGCGCUCAUGUUGAUGGAUUACUCGGUUGAAAGUCAAGAAAAAGUGGAGGCGGCAAGCGAUAUCAUCGCAACGGUUCCUGCUAGUGCCAAGAGGGCAGCCAAACAGAUGGUGCCCAAAGAUAAGGAUGUCAAGGAACUCUUCAAGAAGAUGGGGAAAGAGUACACUGGGGCCCAAUGGGGUAAAUUUCGUCAGGCUUGCCUCGGAUCUCUUGCUGUUUUCCUUGCCUUUGGCCCAGCCGGCUGGUGGGGCGCCUGCGUGGACACCAACAAGUGCAACAGCAAGUCGUGCUACGGUCUUUUAAGACUUGCCCGCAUGAAGAUAAACCACGUCAAAGCCAAUCCCCCAAACCACGAGGGUGGCUCUCUUUUCUCCGAGAAACCGGUCUGGGCGAACAUCGAGAUGCUUGUCUAUCAAUGUUUUGCCGAGCUGCAGUACCACGUGCAGAAUCGUUAUGUGACUGCUCUUGACUGGGCAAAGUUUAUGAAUGGCUGGAUCAAACGGAUCGACGAAACAGCCGUCUACCAAGCUGCCCUCAUUGAUAUGGCACACGAGAUUGCGUUGCCCUCCAAGUCCUUAUCCUGGGAGGGAGUCCCAGCCUUGCCAAUCCCCCUCCCGGCGAACCUCUCAGCAGCACCGACCGAAUACCGUUGGAACUGGGAAGAGGUCGUGAUGGCAGCGAUUGGACUCUCACCUCAGGCAAGACCAGCGAUCCUUGGGCCAAAGCCAUCCGAUCACACUCUCGCAACUAAAAGGCCGGAAAAAUCAAAGAAGGCUGCACCAAAAGUCGUAUCAGCCUCAACUCAAGCCUCCCCAGCCGACUAG